AUGUCUCAUGCAAGAGAGCACAGACGAGUCUACCAGGCUUGUGAGCCGUGCAGGGAGAAGAAAGUACGCUGCGAGUUGGGUUCAGCCGAUUCUCCCAGUAAACCACCCUGUGCGCGAUGUCGGAGAGAGAGCAAAGAAUGUUUUUUUUCCGCGUUGCGGUCAAGGAAGAUCGCCAAUCGGAAAUCACAACCCCUUCCCCGAAAGCCCAGGCCUCAACCUGCCACCUUUUCUCCCGAUUCGAUCCUUUUGUCGCCCGGCAAUUCAAAUCCUACACAAGAGGAUGGUCGGCCAUUGCCAGAAGAUGGACGUGCAGCAGCUGCUUUGCUUGAAGGUCAUCCUCGAACCUACCAUGAAGCAUUGACACUGCUGUCGGAAGCUUGUGAGCACAGUGAGGCUCGAAAGGAACCCAUUGAUUGCUCGCCGUCAAACCAUCCGAACGUCACCGAACAUUCUGCUGACUCACAUCUCGGCAUCCAAACCGUGCCAACUGCCAACAAACACACCAAUGAUGCCCUACGCGCCUGGUCCAACCUACGAUUUGUCCGUGGCGGCCUAUUCACAGCAGAGGAAGCGCUGGACAUGGUUGAUCAUUUCUAUUCGUUCCAUUCUGCUUUUUCCCCUGUUGUUCCGGACUACUUCCGAAGUCAUUCCCAACAUGCAACGCUGAUUGAGGAGGAACCCGUUUUGACAAUCACCAUAUUGAUGAUAGGGUCGAGAUAUCGAAAAUGGACGGGACCAGCCGCGGUCGCACGUUCUUAUAUUGUUCACGAUCGAAUUUGGAGAUAUUUACAAGGAAUGAUUUCGCGAUUAAAUUGGUCGGAGGACCUGUUCGUUGGUGAAUUCCCUUCGCUCAAUGGGCCGCGUCCGGCAUAUACAGACAGUUGGUCACAUGGGUUCCGCACGUUGGGGACUUGCGAGGCAUUGUUAUUGUUGCUAGAUUGGCAUCCUCGAGCUCUCCACUUCCCACCACCUGAUGAAGAUAUGUCUUCGAUCGUGAUUCCGGAGACGAAUAAACCGCGGACCAGCGCCGGUAGCCGGUAUUACGGGCCCGGGUCCGGACAUGACUGGCUCGCUCGAUCAGAUCGCCUAUGCCAAUCCAUGCUUUCUACCGUUUUGAUGCUGGCAGCUGAGAUGGGUAUUUUCUCAGAGGAUAAUUCUUUUUGGCAGAAUGAAGCUGGAAACGAUAGUUUGAAAAUCGCUCGUGAAUAUGAGAGAUUCCACCGUAUUCGGUGCUUGAUAUGGGUUUACGCGACCCAACAGCCAGGCCGACCAGGUAUGCAAUUCCUCCAUGAGGAGAUCUUACGCGACCCUUUUGGAACGACUGGACCUAAUAAGGGUCUCAAUAUUGCAGGACGAAGAAAUCCGACACAAUGCACUCCUAUAAAAAGCCCCGGCAUUAGGAAUGACGAUGCAACGGAAUGCUGGAUGCGCGUCGCAACAAUUAUGAAGAAUGCAAAUGAACUUCUCUUUCCGUCAGCUCAAUAUACAGGUGAAAUAAUUUCCAAUGGACACUACCUUCAGAUUGUUCGGGGCCUUGAACCAUCACUAAAUGAAUCACUUAUUGAAUUUGACGAUGCAAAGUUGGCUAAACAGACACGGUAUAUCCUGAAUAUUGAAUACGAAUAUGCCCAGCUAUGCAUAUUCGGUCUUGCUUUACAGGCUGCAAUCAGCCGAAACUCCCGUGAUCGUACCAAUAGCACACCAGGAAACUUGUCACAAGACAUUUCAACGGAAGAAGAAAAGCAUGUCACGAGAACUGUUAAAGCCGCUCGGGCUGUACUUAAAACAGUCCUUAACGAUCUACUUCCUCAUGGAAGCCUGAAGUAUAUCCCCGUGCGAUCAUAUUCCAGGCUUCUCGGUGCAACUUUGAUUCUGCUGAAGUGCUGCGCCGCCGGCAUUAGUGAGAUUGAUGUACCCACAUCUCUCGAUCUAGUGCGGCAAGUCGCUGUUGGUCUUCGCAACUCUGUAGUCGAUGAUACUCACCUGAGUAGUCGAUGGGGCGACCUUCUCGAAACCCUCGCCAGUAGAUUAGAGUCGCGCCUAGCCCAACCAGCCACGCCCAAAGCGUCUACUAUGACAUUCACAACCGAAACAUCUCGGGUCACCCACGAGAUACAACCAUCAACAAUACACCAUACCCCUCAAGAUCUACAGACUCAUGCCCAUAUUGCACACAACAAUCUUUCGGAUGUCAACCGUUCGAAUUCGGGAGAUGCUAAAUGUGACACACAGUCUGAUGCCUGGUCAAUGUGGUGGGAUGAUCAAUUCUCCCAGGUGAACCUCAAUUACAUGCCAUGGUUUCCCACUUUGGGCCUCGUGGGUGGAAGUGAUCAUCAGUUCUCGAGCGAUGCAGCUGAUGGUGUCUUCGGAAGUACUGGUCUAGUAGAUCAUUGA